AUGCAGCCACCUCUAGAGAAUGAAUCCAUUGUCUUAGUAUUUACACUCUCUGGACUAAAUGAAACGAUGGGGAAAAGAUUUGUGUUUUUUUCUUUGACUGCAUUGUAUUAUCCAUUAAUUGUGUUGUGCAAUGUAGCCAUAAUUUACACUGUAAUCUCGCAUAAGAGGCUUCAUGAGCCAAUGUAUGUCUUUAUAUGUAAUUUGUGUAUGAAUGGACUUUUUGGCACUGCUGGAUUCUACCCUAAAUUCAUGUAUGAUUUAUUAUCCCAGUAUCAUGUGAUUUCUUAUGCUGGAUGUCUGAUUCAGAUAUUUGUCAUUUAUUCAUCUGUUCUGUGUGACUUUUCAACAUUAGCAGUGAUGGCAUAUGACAGAUAUGUGGCAAUAUGUAGACCACUAGAGUAUCAUUCAAUAAUGACCAAUCAGAGGGUUCUUGAAUGUAUCCUUUUCUGCUGGCUUUCUCCAUUUUUUUGCAUGUGUGUUGGAAUUGUAUUAACAUCAAGACUAAAAUUAUGUGGCUCUAGUAUUGAAAAGCUAUAUUGUGAAAAUUGGUCAGUUGUUAAACUUUCCUGUUUUUCUACAACAGUAAAUAAUGUGAUUGGGUAUGUAAUCAUUAUUAUAUAUUUUGGACAUGCAAUAUUGAUAUUUUGCUCAUACAUUCACUUGAUUGGAAAAUGCAGAAAGUCAAAAGAGGGCAAGCAUAAAUUCAUACAAACAUGUGUACCACAUCUUCUUGCACUGCUCAAUGUGACUGUUGCAUUGCUGUUUGACGUGCUGUACACUCGUUAUGGUUCAAAGAAUUUGCCGCAGGAUGUGCGUAAUUUCAUGUCCCUGGAAUUUUUACUCAUACCACCUAUUUUAAACCCCCUCAUUUAUGGACUAAAUCUGACAAGACUACGGAAGCAGGUCAUGAGAGUAUUUUUCAAAAAAGAAGUAGAAAUAUCUGAUUGAAUAAGUCACAAGCAUAGAUUUUUAUUAUCUUAAAUAUUCUAACCCUAGACUCUUUGUGAGUUUGUUUUAUUUUAUUCAAAACAAUGUACAAAUUGUUAUAGCUAGUAGGUUUUUCCUUUUCAGCCAUAUUACAAGAAUUUGUCUUUUUUUUUUUUUUUUUUUUUUGAAUGAAAACAUUAAAUUAUGUAGACCUACACUUAUUUUUUAUGUUUCUUUGAUACGUAUUUAACUAUAUGAAUUUAGCCUAACUUUCAUAUAUGUUAAUGAAUUUAAAAAUGACUGUAAUUAUGUUCUGAAAUUUAGUGGGGCAAAACUCAGGAAUGAGAUUGGCCUCAAUUUUAUGUUUUUAGUAUUGGUCUGUGUUGUAUCACUGGAGAUUGAACAGUUAAAGUGAUACUCUCAUUGCAUCCCGAGAUUAAAAAAAAACUGCCUGCCUAUAAUGGUCUGCAUUUAUCAAACUUACACACAUUCAAAAUCAUGCUUGAUGUUUUACA